UACAGUUCGGUGUUUGAUCAUUUGGAGUGUGCGCACGGGGUGAAGCGGCAAUUUGGCGAUGCCAUCGCCGUUUUUUGACUCUCACCCGCAAAAGGAUUACAUGCCGGUCCGGCGCCCAGUUACGGACUUCAGGAUGUGUUUUGGACUGGAUCUUGAUUUUAUCUCAUGGGAACUUCUCUAAUUCACCGGUGGAAGUAAAUGGAGAUCAUUCGCUGUUUUAUCUGAUAGAAUAAAUCAUGGGUGAUAAUCCAGAGGCCGUUUCAUCCGAACAGGAUGAUGUUUCAUUCUUACGCACUGACGACAUCAUUUGCCUGAGCUGUACCGUCCAAACGGGCCGCGAUGCUGGAACCGGAAGCGGUGAACGUGUAUGUUUGGCCGCCGAAGGCUUCGGAAACCGGUACUGUUUUCUGGAAACCGUUUCCGAUAAGGAUCGUCCCCCCGAUUUGGCAUCAUGCAUGCUCGUUAUCGAGCAAGCACUUUCCGUGCGUGCCCUACAGGAAAUGGUCAACGCCACUUCUGAAUCGGGAACGCAAUCUGGACACCGGACAUUGUUAUACGGUCAUGCGGUGCUGCUCCGUCAUUUCAACAGUGACAUGUAUCUCACAUGUCUCAGCACCAGCUCAUCCAGUGACAAAUUAGCCUUUGACGUGGGAUUACGCGAGACCGCACAAGGCGAAGCCUGCUGGUGGACCAUCCAUCCCGCUUCGAAGCAGCGCUCGGAAGGCGAAAAGGUCCGGGUGGGCGAUGACCUUAUCUUGGUCAGCGUGGCAACCGAACGUUAUCUGCACACUCUGAAAACGGAUGAAUGCUCCGUAAUUGCAUCGUUCCACCAGACAUUAUGGACCGUGCUACCCAUCGCUUCCGGCAAUGUUAAGAAUAAAUUUAUCAGUUUCGUCUUUGGUCAGGAAGUGGUGCGUUUUUUCCACGGACAUGACGAAUGUAUGACCAUACCGGAGAAUUGGUCCGAUCAUCCACAGCACAAUUUAAAUGUGAUCGUCUAUGAAGGCGGUGAAGCCCUGAACCGGGCUCGAUCGCUGUGGAGGAUCGAGCUAAUCCGAAACCGUUGGAAUGGUGGUUUUAUCAACUGGAAGCAAGCCUUUCGCAUUCAGCACAUUACCACCGGACGGUUUAUGAGCGUAACCGAGAAUCCCACACCGGAAUCCGGGAAAAGUCGAUGGCGGGUGUCAUUGGUGCCGCGCAACCAGUCCAAACUUGAAGACACUGCAUUCUUCCUGAAGGCCAACAAAGACGAUAAAGAGCAUGGAUUAGAUGAGAAAGAGAAAGAAGAAGAAGGCAUGGGUGCCAGUACGAUUAAAUACGGCGACACCAUGUUCGUCAUACAGCACUGCAUUACUGGACUCUGGCUUUCAUAUGACACUGUGGAAGAAACUCGACGGGGUGUGGGAAAAGUGGAAGUCAAAUAUCUGUCCAUGUCCGAAGAAGGUCACAUGGAUGAUACGUUGUCGUUUACGCGGUCCCAACAUGAGGAGUCGCGAUCGGCGCGGGUUAUCCGCAAAUGUGUUUAUUUAUUCAACAAAUUUAACCGGGCCUUGGAUGCACUGCAAAAUCAGCCAACAGAUUCACGAGGACGUACCGAUUCCGUGGGACAUGCACCGACACCACGGUUUAACCUACGUGAAACCAUUGAUCUUCUCAAGGAUCUGAUUGGAUAUUUUGCCCAACCGGAAGACGGAACGGAACAUGAAGCAAAACAAGUUCAUCUUCGCGCUUUGCGCAAUCGACAGGAUCUCUUCCAGCAAGAAGGCGUACUGAGCCUGGUUUUGGAUACCAUUGAUAAAAUCAGCGCUCUGACCAACCAUGGUAUUUUGACCACGUACCAGGGUGACGAAGGAGGUUGGGAUGAGAUCUCCACGAACCUGUACUUACUGAUUGCGGCAAUGAUCAAGGGCAAUCACGGCAACUGCGCACAAUUUGCUCAGUCGGCGCGCUUGAAUUGGCUGUUCAGCCAAUUGUCGCAGCAAGGCUCGGAAGGUGUGCUAGGAGUGUUGCACUGCGUACUGGUCGACAGUCCGGAAGCGCUUAACAUGAUCAGAGAAGAUCAUAUUCGAGCGAUUAUUUCGCUUUUGGAUCGAAGCGGACGCGAUCAUAAGGUGUUGGAUGUCUUGGGAUCGUUGUGCGUGGGAAACGGUUUAGCUGUGCGUUCCAGCCAAAAUCACAUCUGUCAGCAUCUGCUGCCAGGAAAGGACCUGUUGCUGCAGACGAAAUUGGUGGAUCAUGUGGCAUCCAUGCAUCCUAACAUCUAUGUCGGCUAUGUGGAAGGCUCGGCAAUUUUCAAGAAAUGGUAUUUUGAGGCUAUUGUGGAUCAUCUUGAACCGGUGUCCAAUCAUAUGCCUCAUGUGCGCAUCGGAUGGGCCAAUACGGACGGGUAUGUUCCCUAUCCUGGAGGCGGUGAACGGUGGGGCACAAACGGUGUCGGCGAUGACAUGUUCUCAUUUGGGUUCGAUGGAAUCAACAUUUGGAUCGGGGGUUAUUCUCGAGCGGUUCGCAUGUACGAUCCGUCGAUUACAUCCGGCUUUCACAAAGGAGACAUCGUUGGCUGCAACCUGGAUCUGACGAUUCCGGAAAUUUCCUUCAGUCUCAAUGGGAUUCGCUUACGAGCUACAAUCAGAAAUUUCAAUACAACCGGCAUGUUCUUUCCGGUUGUCAGCAUGUCGGCUAGAUCCAGCGUCCGGUUCAUGUUGGGAGGAGAUCACGGUCGCUUGAAACACGGUCCACCAUCCGGUUACUCGGCGGUUAUUGAAUCACUCUUACCGAAAGAAACUUUGCGCAUCGAACCGCGCUUUUUCUUUGGCGACAUUAACCGGUCGCUGUUGGCCGGACCGAGUCUGGUCCAGGAGAAUGUGGGAUUCGUCCCAGCUCCCAUUGACACCAGCAGCGUUAUUUUGCCCAAUUACAUUAUGCAAGUGCGUGAUCGUUUGGCGGAAAAUAUUCACGAACUAUGGGGAAUGAGUAAAAUUGAAGCGGGAUGGACGUACGGAGAAGUGCGAAACGACCCGCUCAAGCAUCAUCCAAAUCUGACCGCCUUCAAGAAUUUACCUAUUAGCGAACGGAACUAUGAUAUUACAUUGUCCGUGGAAUUAUUAAAGUGCUUAUUAGCACUGGGAUAUCAUGUCAGCAUGAUCCCGACCGAUGCUCGCAUCCGCCAAAUGAAGCUCUCCUCCACGUACACUCAACCCAACGGAUACAAACCCGCCCCGCUGGAUCUCUGCAGUAUCCAAUUAUCAUCCAAAAUGGAGGAACUUGUAGAAAUCCUAUCGGAAAACAUCCAUAACCUUUGGGCUAAAACGCGCAUCGAUCAAGGCUGGACAUACGGAUUGACCAAGCAGCCGGUGACCAAACGCAGUCCGCAUUUGGUGCAUUAUGUCGAUGUGGACGAUACGAUAAAGAAAAUCAAUCGUGACACCGCGUGUGAAGCCGUUCGGACACUCCUGGCAUUCGGCUACACCAUUGAGCCACCAGCCGGGGAUUCCGCUCAUAAGCCGGGCGGUGCAGCCAUGCGUGUGCCGGAAAAGAAGCAGAUUACGCGGAGUUAUCGGGCGGAGAAGACGUACGCGGUGACGGAAGGGAAAUGGUACUAUGAAUUCGAAGUGAUGACCCAUGGAUACGCCAAGAUCGGUUGGGCGCUGGUCGGAUGUUCGGCCGGAAUCGAAAUGGGAGCCGAUGAAAAUUCAUACGUCUUCGACGGAUUAUCGGGCCGGAAAUGGCAUCAAGGACCGGAACCUUUCGGUCGCCCGUGGCAAGUGGGCGAUGUCUUAGGCUGCCUUCUGGACCUCCACGAUAAAACCAUCAGCUUCACAUUGAACGGUGAACUGUUGGUGGAUCCAUCGGGCAACGAAGCCGCGUUCGAAAACGUCACAGCAGAAUUAGGCGGAUUCGUCCCGGCUUGUACACUGGGAGCCGGUGAACGGGGGCGAUUUAAUUUUGGACAGGAUAUCCAUUCGCUUAAGUUUUUCACUGCCUGUGGUCUGCAAGAAGGAUAUGAGCCAUUCUGCGUUAACAUGACGAAACCGGUACCGUUUUGGUAUGAUCGGGAACAAGCGAUGUUUGUGCCGGUGACCGAUGAGAACAGCAUGCUGGAGGUCAGCCGCAUUCCCCCCACGGCUGGUGCUCCACCGGCGAUUAAAUUAUCACGCCGCUCACAAGGAGUGUCCGACAGAUUGCAAAUGGAAUUUCUGCGGCUUUCAUUGCCGAUUACGUGCCGUGAGCAAUACAUAAACGACGAAGAGAAGCAACGCAUGGUCCAUGACCUGGAAAUUGCUAAACGAGCCACCCGGCGUAAUCCUUCCGUCUCCCAACUGCAACGUCUUCCUGGUGCUAUGGGCGGGAAGAUUGAAGAGCACAUGAUUAGCGGCGGUUUCUCCGAGAACGAUAUUCAAGGUCUGACAUCGCAAGGACGCUUCAUCACGGAAGAAUCGGUCGAUAUGAUGGAGACGGGGGAUAUGGAACCCCCCGAACCGGUACGCAACGUCCCGUUGCCCCGCGGAUCGAUGGGUCCGGAAAAAUUUCAACGACAGCGCGGUAUCAUGAAGAAAACGCAAUCGCUGGAUGUUAAUGAGGAUAUGCAGAUUAGUGUGCCGAUUAAUGCCAAUCCCUAUGCGACUGUACAGACCUCCAGCAAACGGAUGCACCGGAGUAGCAGUGAAAAUCGACUUCAGCCGGAAACUGCCAGCCGUAGCCAUGAACCCAGCCUGAGUAAAACUACAACAUGUUGUGUGUUUAUUCAUGACAGCACGCCGGCAGCACCCGAUGGUAAAGCCAAGAAGCGUUCACAGAGUCCGUUCUCUUAUCUCACCAAGAAAAUCAAAGAAUCCGCCAGCAAACGGUCGGCAUCGAAAGAACGCCCGGAAAAUACGUACAUCGUUGAGCGGAAACCCAUGAACCAGACGAUGACCCAGGUGACCAGUGAUGGUAUGUUGCGCACCCCGGAUAUUACUUUAGCCGCCGGAACCGCCGGUGGCCCCGCCCUGACCCUCCGUAUGCCCACUCCCCUACCGUCUUUCACCAACGCUCAGGAUCUGAUGACCCCGACCCCGGAUAUCGAGAUGAUGACCCCGCGAGUGGCCUUCGGUGUGGACGAUCAGAAUCGUCCACUGUCCGGUUUGAGCGGGAUGUCGGACGUCACUACCGCCAGUUCCACCGUUUUCGACCUGGUCACCGAGUUCCACUAUGCGGUCCGCAUUUUCCCCGGUCAGGAUCCCAAGUGUGUGUACAUUGGCUGGGUGACAUCGGAUUUCCAUCAUGCCCAGAGUCCGUUCGCGUUGGAUUAUGUGCGGCGGGCGGAGGCCAAGAUUCUGGAUGUGGGCGGCCAGCUGAAGAGCCACUGUUUCUUCCAGAAUUCCUAUCUGGUGUGUGCCGGGGAUCUGCAGGAACAGGCGGCUAAUCAGGGUGGACAGGAUAAAGGACGCGCCUCGCCGGGAUUGCUGAUCGGCACCACGAUCGAUGUGGCGACGGGCAUGUUGACCUUUAAUUUCAAUGGGCGGGAAAUUGAAGAACGCUACCAGAUUGAACCAGCCACCAAACUGUACCCGGCAGUGUUUGUGGAGCCGACUAGUAAAGAGGUUUUGCAGUUUGAAUUUACUGGGAAUAAAUCGGCAUUGCCGCUGUCCAGUGCGUUAUUCCUUCGUGAUCGGUCAUUAACUCCGCAAUGUCCACCGCGUUUGCGCGUGCUGACUCUUCGUCCCAACCAGUGGUCACGUGUGCCGAGCCAGUUUCUCCGGGUGCACGAACUGAAAAUGUCGGAUGUUCGAGGUUGGAGUAUGCUGUGCGAUGACCCCGUGUCCAUUCUUGCGUUGUAUAUUCCUGAAGAAGCACGGUGUAUUGAUAUUCUGGAACUAAUUGAAAACGAGGAUCUGCUAUUGUUCCACGCUCAUACGCUGAUGCUAUAUUGCGCCAUCUGCUCUCAUGGAAAUUAUCGAGUAGCCCACGCGUUGGUUAAACAUGUCGACCAGAAACAGCUACUGUUUGCCAUCCAGAAUCCAUAUAUGUCCGGUGCAUUACGCAGAGCAUUCUAUGAUCUGUUGAUUGCUCUGCAUUUGGAUACAUAUGCAAAAGCAAUGUACAACACCCGUGACGAAUAUGUCAUCCCGGUGGCGAAACGCGAAAGUGGAAAGCGCCGGCCAGCACGUAGCACACCCGAUCUGAUGCGACAACAAUCGGUCAGGGAUAUGUCGACGAAGAAUUCCAUCCGACCGGCGCUCAAUAUGAAAGACAAGAUUUCCAGCGAAGGGGAGGAUCAAAUUCCCAUCAAACAAAUGACAUGCCCGUCGUUUCCUCUGACCGUUCUUAAGGAAUACGUGAUGGACGCACUGGUUGAUGGGGUUCGAAAGGGCACAGCACACUGCCGGGAUCCCAUUGGUGGCAACUAUGAAAACCUUUUCGUGCCGCUGCUGAAAAUCGUCGACCAGUUGCUUCUUGUUGGAUUCAUCGAGCAAAACGAUAUGGAUCGACUGCUGAUGUUGGUUGAUCCGCCAGCUUUUGGAGGCGUAUUAGAUCACCAGCAAAUGGAUCGCGGACUGCUGCACAUCCGUUUGGAUGAAGGCGUUAAAUUGCAGUUGUGUUACGUACUGCAGGAUCUGUGCGACGAACGAGUUCGCAAACGCAUUGAAGAAAUUGUCUACUUUUCGGAAGAAUUUGUAGGAAAAGCCCAAACUGAUCAAUUAAACCGUUAUAUCGAUAUUAAAGCAUCUGACCUUCCAUCGUCCGUCGCGGCGAAGAAGACGAAAGAGUUCCGCUGUCCACCGAAAGAACAAAUGAAGAUGCUCCUGUCGUUUAAACAUCCCGAGGAAGAAGAAUCCGCAUCGUGUCCGUCACCUGAGGAUCUCCGCGAGCAUUUGGCGUAUUAUCACUCUUCCUUGGUUGACCGGCUUGGUCCAAAACCACAGGAACGAGUCACUCGUUAUACUCGUGAUCUGGGCUACUCGAACGAGGUUUUGACUGAGGUCAUCAAGAAGAGUGUUAUCAGCUGGGCAGCGGAAUCCCAUAUUGAUUCUCAAGAACUCAUUAAAGAGAUGUUCUCCCUUUUGCACCGCCAGUACGACGGUGUGGGUGAAGUUCUGAAAGCCUUGGAAAAAGCGUAUGUGAUCAGCAAUUCCAGUCAUGCGGAUGUCACGGCUCUGCUGGCGUCCCUCGGACGUGUGCGUACACUGCUAUCCGUGCAAAUGGAGAAGGAUGAAGAGGCAGUUCUGCGCGUAUCUUUAUGGGAGCUGAUGAAUAAUCGCGUCUUUUUCCAACAUCCCGAUCUGAUUGGCAUGUUGUGCAUCCACGAGAACGUUAUGACGGUGAUGAUGAACACUAUUGGAAAAUCGCAGAACGUGGAAUCAGAUCGACAAGCAGGACAGAGUGAUGGACAGAAAGACUCUGCUGACAUGGUCGUCGCUUGCUGUAAAUUUCUGUGCUACUUUUGCCGUACUAGCCGGCAUAACCAGAAAGCCAUGUUUGAGCACUUGGGCUACCUUCUGGACAACAGCAGCAUGCUACUUUAUCGACCGUCACUACGUGGUUCGGCUCCGCUGGACGUAGCAUAUUGUUCCCUAAUGGACAACAGCGAACUGGCCUUAUCACUGCGCGAACACCAUCUUGAGAAGAUCGCCGUAUAUUUAUCCCGAUGCGGCUUGCAGAGCAGUUCGGGACUGGUGGCUAAAGGUUACGCGGAUAUCGGAUGGGAUCCCGUGGAAGGUGAGCGAUAUUUGGAUUUUCUGCGCUUCUGCGUAUGGGUCAACGGUGAAAGUAUGGAAGAGAACGCCAAUCUUGUGGUGCGUUUACUGAUUCGCCGGCCGGAAUGUCUGGGUCCGGCGCUGCGCGGUGGUGGUCAAGGAUUACUCAACGCGAUGAAAGAUGCUAUUACGCUGUCGGAAUCAACAGCCGUAACGAUUGAUCCGACAUUGAAGGAAGAUGAGGAUUAUAUUGAUAUGGGCGAAGCGGUGCUGAAUUUCUACUCGGUGUUGGUGGAUCUGUUAGGACGGUGUUCACCGGACACCACCCAGCUGGCCCAUGCACGCAGUGAUUCCGUACGUGCACGGGCGAUUCUUCAGAGUCUGAUCCCGUUGCCGGAUUUGGAAGGUGUACUGUCGAUGCAGUUCUUUAUACCGAAUUUCUCUGCUAUCGAAGCGGGAAGUAACGAGUUGCCGGAAAUGCCACCCACUAUUUUGCCUAAUCAUAAGCAAGCCGUACUGGUGUUUUUGGAACGUGUGUACGGUGUGGAAGAUCCGGAGAUCUUUUUCCGGUUGCUGGAAGAGAGCUUUUUACCGGAUAUGCGGUGUGGAACAAUGAUGGAUGGGAGUUUGGCAUCAGAAAGCGAUGUCAGUCUGGCGUUGAAUCGAUAUCUGUGCAAUUCGGUUUUGCCACUACUGACGCGACAGUCUAGCUUUUUUGCAACUGCCACACAGUACAGCAGCCUGCUGGACGCUACGUUGCACACGGCUUAUUCCAUGUCAAAAGUGCGAAACUUGACCAAGAAUCAGCGAGAAGUGAUAUCGACAUUUUUACUGGCCUUGAUCCGGGAAAUUGAUCCUGCAAUGAUGGAACGUCUGCUUCGGAAAUUGAUUGUCGACGUUUCCGCUUUAUCUGAACAUACAACGGUGGCAUUAAAGCUUUUGACAUCCCAUUACGAGCGCUGCGCCAAGUAUUACGGUAGUCCAAGUGGAUUUGGCAGCUACGGCACGGCGUCCGAAGCGGAAAAACGCUUGACGAUGAUGCUGUUCAGCCGGAUCUUCGAUUCGUUGGCCGGGCGCAGUUAUGAUCCAGAAUUGUUCAACUAUGCACUGCCGUGUUUAUCGGCCAUCGGCAGUGCUCUGCCACCGGAUUACGCGCUGGUCAAGACAGCCAACGAUGAGCAGGAGAUGACACCCCGCCGUACAGAUGGUAGAAUCGGAUAUCAGCCGAGUCCCGUGGAAACAUCCACAUUGUUUCUGAGUCCAGACCUACAGAACAUGGCGGUAAAAUUUGCCGAACAUUACCACGAUGCCUGGGCGCUGAAACAGUACGAAGCCGGUUGGGGCUACCACCCGACGCGCAGUGACGCAGACAAAGUCCAUCCCUUUAUGCAGCCUUACAACUACCUCCCAGCCGAAGCUAAAGAAGACUAUCGUCUACCCGCUGAACAAGCCGUUAAAGCCAUUCUAGCGUGGGGUUGGACGUUGGAACGCGGGGAAGAAGAUUCCCGUGGCACCCGCAGUCAACUGAUGAAACGCCGUCCCUCCCGUGGCCUCCAGGAACUACCCUACGGAUAUAUGCCACGCCCCGUGGAACUAAACAAUCUGACGUUAAACCGGGAGAUGUUGGCGUUGGCUGAACGCUUAGCCGAGAAUGCGCAUGACAUCUGGUCCCAAGGUGUCCAGUCGGAGCUGAAUGCCGCCCCGGAACGCGGGGUGGUACCGCAUUUUGUCCCCUUUGACCUGCUGACGGAUCGGGAAAAGAAGGUGGAUCGGGAACGCUCCCAGGAGCUUCUGAAGUUUCUGAUUUACUCGGGGUAUCGGUUUAAGAAGGAGCGUCCGUCGAGGAAUACGGGAGAGCGUGGGUCGAUCAGUCCGCCAUCGGAGAUUGAAUCGCGGUUUGCGUAUAGUUUAUUGGAGAAAUUGCUACAUUACUGUGAUGUGACUCUGGCUAAGAUGCGGAACACGAUGCCGAGUUCGACGUUGACGAGGAGGCAAAGUUAUAAAGAAGCGCCGGGUGAUGUUAAAUUUUUUAGCAAGGUGGUAUUGCCGUUAGUGGAGCAGUACUUCCGUUCGCAAAAGAAUUACUUUCUGCAAUCUCCUGCCGCCGUAGACGUCGGUCGCAUUGCUUCCCCCAAAGAAAAAGAAAUGGUGGCAAGUUUAUUCUGCCGAUUAGCCAUGCUUCUACGAACAAAAGUGCAAUCCUUUGGACACGAUACCCAGAUUGCCGUUCAGUGUUUGCAGGUUUUGGUACAGACCAUUGACGCUAAUUCUCUGAUAAAGAACAGUCUGGAUUUCGUUCGAACAAGUUUCCUGACAUUCUUCAAUCAAGCGGCCGCCGAUCUGACCAACACCGUGACCUACUUGAAGACCCACUAUUUCCCAGCCCCGCGCGGUACCACACCGAAACAAUCCGUCAGUUUGGGUUACGUUGAAGGCGUACUGCUGCGGGUGCUGACAUCCUUAUUUGACCACAUCGGCGCCAAUAAUUUCGGCAAAGAUAUCUUGAUCAAUGACAUCCAGAUUGCUUGCUAUUCCAUCCUGGAUUCUUUGUACACAUUGGGAACGAAUUUGACGUUACCGGCCAGUGUCAAGCUCUUCGAAGAAAUCAGUCUAGGAAAUCGACCGCUGAUUGGUGCAUGUUUAGCAGCAUUUGCCAGUACCUUCCCGGUGGCGUUUCUGGAGCCAGAGUUCAACGCCAAUAAUCCGUUUUGUAUAUUGGGAAGAGCGCAGGAACAGUCUCUACAAGCUCAGGAUAUUAUGAAUCGCUUAUCAGCCAGUCUGCCGACCAUGGAGAAUCUGGUCAAGGAAGUGGAAACCUUUACACAAGCUGGCGAUUAUGCCGUAUCGCCGCAUAUCAUUGAUGUGAUAUUGCCGAUGCUGUGCAGUUACUUAUCCACUUGGUACUACCGCGGUCCGGAUAAUGCGCAUCCUGACGAUACCACUGUUACGAAAGUAACAACCGACCACUUGAAUCAAACUCUUACGCAAGUUUUGACCCUCAUUCGCAACAACAUCGGCGAUCCGAAAGCUACGUGGAUGGUGCGAAUAGCAGCAGUGGUUGGACAGAUCGUGCUCAAUUCCAGUGCGAGUUUACUAAACGAUCGUAUCCUUCCCAUUGCCAUAAAACUCAGAGAAAACACGAAAUCCGCCCACGCUAACGAGGAAGUCUUACGGCAUGGGCAGCGUUUGGGUGAUGAUCUUUCAUCCGUCGAAGCAUCCGUCGGCGAAGAAUAUGCCGUGCUUAUCCGUGACCUUUACGCAUUCUACCCCAUAGUCAUCCGCUAUGCCGAAAUCCACAAAGCGCAGUGGAUUCGCGACAACCACGGGCAAGCCGAACAGCUGUACGCUGAAGUGUCGGAGGUCUUUAACCACUGGAUGAAAUCCCAGCAUUUCAAACGGGAAGAAUUAAACUUUCUGUCCGGCAACGAUGUGGACGUCAAUGCCCUGAUCUCCGCAGGACCACGCGGAAUUUGUCGCAUUAUGACCCAGUCGGGUGCCUCAUCGGGCAGCAGUAAGAAGAAGCGCAAACGCGAUAAAAAGGAUGUCAAGAAAGAUCAAGCGGCGCAGCAGAGUUUGAUUGUUGUGUGCUUGAAACGUUUAUUGCCAGUUGGACUGAAUUUAUUUACGGGGCGCGAACAGGAGUUAGUGCAGAAGGCCAAGGAAAGGAUGCUGCGACACGAGCCAACCGAAGUUCUUGAAGAGUUUGUCAAAGCGGAACUUAUGCUACCGGACCAACCGGAUCCGGCUGACAGAAAGGCGUGGCAGCGGAAACUGUACAUUAAGAUCGGUAAGAAACAAGUGGCGAAACUGGAUGAUCUGGUAGAAGAGGAAUCUUCGACGGUGGUUGUGGAAAGGAUUCUGGCCAUGUCCAAAGUUUUACAAGGAUUACAUCUAGUGGAUCAUCCGCCAGCGAUUACCGGCGAUACAUGGCGCAAACUGGUCUCCACACAACGCAAACGCGCCAUCAUUGCCUGUUUCCGCAUGGUCGCGCUGUACAGUCUGCCGCGACAUCGCGCCAUCAACUUAUUCUUACCGGCAUACCGUGAUCUGUGGCUAUCCGAUGAAAAUCAAGGCCAGGAGGUGAUGAUUGCCAAUCUAACCGAACCAUUGGGCGGUGACCCCUCGAAAACAGUCCAUCUGGCCACAAUGCAUCCGGAUGCGGAGGAGCCGGUACAUACCGACCAACUGGAGCAGAUUGUCACGGCAUUCUCGCGCGCAGCAACCACGGAGAACCGCAAUGAUAAUUUUGUAUCGUUGUAUCUGCACUAUGCGGAUAUUAUGAGUAUGAGCUGUGGUGGGGCUGACGAAGAAGAGGACGAAGAGGGAGGCGAUGAGGAGGCUGGGCCGUCCAUGCAGGAACAGGAGUUGGAGCGGCAGAAGCUGCUGUGGGAACAGGGACGGUUGGCCGAUCGCGGUGUAGCGGAGAUGGUGCUGAUGUACAUCAGUGCAUCCAAUGGUGAACCCAAUGACACUGUGUGGUCGACACUAACGUUGGGAAUUUCUAUUUUGCGAGGUGGUAACACUACAGUACAGAAGAGAAUGGCGGAGUAUUUAAAAGAAAAACGCGAUGUUGGUUUCUUCAACUCCAUGGCAGGACUGAUGAAUGCAGCCGGUGUACUGAAUCUGGACGCUUUCGAACGAAUUAUGAAAGCAGAAGGUCUCGGCGUAUCGAGCGCCGAAUCAAACCCUACCGAAGCCAACAAUGCCGAGGCUGAGAACACCUGUAAAAUCUUCCGAUUUUUACAACUACUGUGCGAAGGUCACAAUUUAGAAUUCCAGAAUUACCUCCGCACGCAGCAAGGUAACACGGCUACCGUUAAUUUGGUCAUUUGCACUGUGGACUAUUUGCUACGACUACAAGAAUCCGUCAUGGAUUUCUAUUGGCAUUACUCUAGCAAGGAAUUUGUUGAUGCCGCGGGAAUUGUGGAGUUUAACCGCGCCAUGAAGAUUGCCGGGCAGGUGUUCAACUCUUUAACGGAAUUUAUCCAAGGUCCGUGUCCCGGUAACCAACUGACACUGGCGCAUUCGAGAUUGUGGGAUGCUGUUGGCGGGUUUUUCUUCUUGUUCGCUCACAUGACUGAUAAACUGGCCAAGGCCAAGGAGACAUCGCAGCUCGAUAUGCUGUCGGGAUUUCUUGAUUUGCAAAAUGAGAUGGUUACCAUGUUGAUUUCGAUGUUGGAAGGUAAUACACUGAAUGGACCGAUUGGCAGACAGAUGGUGGACUCACUGGCCGAAUCAUCUCAAAAUCUUGACAUGAUUAUCAAGUUCUUUGAUAUCUUCUUGAAACUGGAAGAAUUAGUCAACUCCGCCAGCUUCCAGGAGUUCGAUCCGGGUCAUACGGGAUGGAUUACGACACAGGAUCUGAAAAAGGCCAUGGAAUCGCAGAAGAUCUAUGAUGCCGAACAAGUCGCCUAUUUGCUGGCGUGCGUCUCGAGCCAAGACGGUAAAGUGGAUUAUAUCGAGUUCACGGAACGAUUCAGUGGACAAGCACAAGAUAUCGGUUUCAAUUCCGCCUUACUGCUGACCAAUUUGUCCGAGCACAUUACCAACGACGCGCGUUUACAGCGCAUUCUGGACGUAGCCGACAGUAUGUUGAAGUCGUUUGAGAAUAAACUCGGUCGCAUUGAGAUCAUCGGCGGCGCACGCCGCAUCGAACGUGUCUACUUCGAAAUCAGCGAACAGAACCUGCAGCAGUGGGAGAAACCGCAAAUUAAAGAGUCAAAACGCGCUUUUCUCCACAACGUCGUCAAUGAAUCUGGCGACAAAGGGAAACUGGAGAUUUUUGUGGAUUUCUGCGAGGAUGCUAUCUUUGAGAUGCAGCACGCCGCGAGCAUUUCCGUCAAAGAGCCGCCGCCCAUGAAACAGGCGCUGCCACCCAGUCUGGAUUUAAUUGAAGUUGAGUCGACGUGGGAGUCGACCAAGAAGCUGCUCGGGAAGGUGAUCGGCGGUGUGAAGAGUAUCGUGCACACUCUGACACCAGGGAAUGUCCGGCGGAAGGUGGCGAGAUGGAAAAGGAUGACCUAUCCGCAACUGGCUUGGGCCAGCUUUAAGGGAUUUCUGUGGAUGGUCUAUUACAUUAUUUAUUUCCAGAUAUUCGUUAUGAAAACGACCGGCCGAUUUUUACUGUACAUGAUGACCGGUUAUUCCUUCGACUCCGCAAAAGACACCGCCACCGAAUCGUCUACGACUGCCCCUGCGAAAGCCCCCGAUUUAAACCCCCGCAAUAUCUACGGCAUGUCGAAGGCUUUCAAAAUGGAGGACGCCGGAGCCGGACCGGUCUCCGCCUUCGGGAUUAGUCUGAACGCCAAUGCGGCCCCGGUGGACGACGUAGAACAUGUGCCGCAUUACGAUGUCAUCCACGAGACCAUCCACUCCAACGGAUCCAUCCCGGAUUUCGAAGAGCAGAAAAUCGUGCCGGGACGGAAGCCGGAUGCCCUGUUGGCGAUCCGGGAGGGCACGGGUGAACUGGAAACCGCCGAGGUGGAACUGGCCAGCCUGUCGCCGCGGCUGCAUCAUGCGGUGGCGGGCGAAGAUGAAAAUACCGGCGCAGCGACGGCGCUGAUCCAGGAAAGGAAGGAAGCCGCGGAGGAAGAAGCCACGGGCGAAUCCAAAUCCAGUUUUGGCACCUCGUUUAAUUCCAUGCUGAACUUCUUUGCACGGAAUUUCUACAACUUCCAGACCGCGGGCUUGGGCGUGGCCUUUUUGAUCAACGCCAUCCUGUUGUGUUAUCGGGUGACCGACGCCAGUGGCGGCUUGUCGUUCGAUCGAAGUGAUGAGGAUGACUCCGAAAGAGUGGCAACGAUUGCCACGGAUUUGGAGAAUGCCGGUGAUAAUGCAGGACGGGAUGAGAUUAUUAUGAUUGAUCAGACGAACCCGUAUCAAUAUUACCUCGGAAUUACUAUCCGGCUGAUGGCAAUGGUGCAUACUCUCGUGGCGCUGGUUAAAUUGGCUGCUUAUUAUCAUCUGAAGGUUCCGCUGGCUAUUUUCAAGCGAGAAAAGGAAGUUGCACGAAAGUUAGAGUUCGAAGGAAUGUGGAUUGCCAAACAACCAGAAGGAUAUUAUCCAGAUAUGGAUAACAUCCGCUCCAGAUGGGACGCGUUGGUGAUAAGCUCCGAGGCUUUCCCGGAGAAUUAUUGGGAUAAAUUCGUCAAAAAGAAAGUCCUAGCCAAGUAUAAAGAAACGCACGACAUCGGAAUGAUCAUGAGGACGCUGGGAUUAAAAGUCACGGCUAAUGAAUUCGGCAAUGACAGUAAAGAUGCGGAAAGUAGCCAAAAGGCCGGACUACGGUCAAUUGAUUGGAAAUAUAGAAUUUGGAAACUGGGUGUCAUCUGCACGGAUAAGGCGUUUUUAUAUAACAUUGCUUAUUUGGUGUUCUCCAUUUUGGGCAAUUUUAACUACUUUUUCUUUGCCGCUCAUUUGGUGGAUGUGGCCAACAUUUCUAAACCCUUGAGCACGAUCCUGCAGUCCGUUACCCACAACGGACGGCAACUGCUUUUGACUGUCAUGCUGAUGAGCAUUGUGGUAUACUUGUACACUGUUCUUGCGUUUAACUUUUUCCGGAAAUUCUACGUGCAAGAGGGAGAGGAAGAAGGGGAACCACCGGAUGCAAAAUGCCAUAACAUGCUCACCUGCUUUAUCUUCCAUAUAUACAACGGUGUAAGAAACGGCGGAGGUGUUGGUGAUGCAAUCCAAGAACCGGAUGGCGACCCUCUGGAGCUGCAGCGUAUUGUCUUUGAUAUGACAUUUUUCUUCUUCAUUGUGGUCAUCCUCUUGGCUAUCGUGCAGGGCUUGAUUAUUGAUGCAUUCGGUGAUCUACGCGAUCAGCUGCAGCAGGUCAGCGACGAUAUGGAGUCCAACUGUUUCAUCUGUGAAAUGGGCAAAGAUUACUUCGAUAAAGUGCCACAUGGAUUCGAACAACACACCCAACAGGAACACAAUUUGGCUAAUUAUCUGUUUUUCUUAAUGCACUUGAUCAACAAAGACCAAACGGAAUAUACCGGUCAGGAGACGUACGUGUGGCAGCUGUAUCAGCAGCGCUGCUGGGAUUUCUUCCCCGUCGGCGACUGCUUCCGGAAGCAGUACGAGCAGGAGCUGGGAGCAUAAUAAUGCGUGGGAAAGGAUUAAGCGUCGCUUUAUUGUCAAACCAUGGAACCGUUUGAGUGUAUAGUCCUAGUGAUCUUUUUCCUCCUCCCUGUAAUAAAACUGCAAAAUCGGUUGAAUUUUUUAUUGGUGUGUCAUAUGUGCGCUCGGUGUGCAGUGUGUCAGGUUAUGUAAAUCCCAGGUGUUGUCUAACAGAGUGAUAUUGUAAGUUGUAAGUUUGUAACUUGUAACCAUUUACAGAAGGAAUAAAAAGUGCACUGUU